AUAAAACUGUCGCCCCAAAUUAUCUUAUUUCUUUUUUCAGAUGAAGGGUUUUUCUCCCCAUUGCAGUUGCAGAUAAACCCUAAACCAGUACUCAUUCCCAAAGAACCUUAUCACCUGCUUCACUGCCUCCAAAUCACACCAGGUGAGCAAUCUGCUUCAGUUUCAAAAUUGAUUGUCUUUUUAUCUUUAAUUUUGUAAUCCUAUCAUUAUUGGUUGGAGAUGGAGCCAAAGCUCUUGUUUAGUGCACCCAAAACUACAUCGUCAACUUCUUUACCCUUCUUUCUUUCUUACAAAUCCCCUUUUCUUCAAAAGCCAAAAUUUUCUGUAAAAUCUCCUUUGUCCAUCUCAACCAUACAAGCAGAAAAGUCUCAAUUUUGGGGCAAUAGUUUGGUUUUACAAGACAGAAAUGUUGCUUCGAGUAACCUGAUUGUGAACCAUUUAUCUUUUCGGCCAAUAAGAGCUGCAGUGAAGAGGAGGAAAGAGCUUCCCUUUGACAAUGUGAUACAAAGGGAUAAGAAGCUGAAAUUGGUCUUGAAGAUAAGGAAAAUCCUUUUGGGCCAACCUGAUAGAAUAAUGUCUCUUAGAGAGUUGGGUAGGUACAGAAGAGAUUUGGGUCUCAAGAAAAAAAGGAGGUUUAUUGCGCUAUUGAAGAAAUUCCCGGCUAUUUUUGAGAUUGUAGAAGAAGGUGUAUUUUCCUUGAAAUUUAAAUUGACACCGGAAGCGGAAAGGCUUUACUUUGAGGAGUUGAAGGUUAGGAAUGAGAUGGAAGAUUUGCUGGUUGUGAAGUUGAGGAAAUUGUUAAUGAUGUCUUUGGAGAAGCGGAUUUUGUUGGAAAAGAUCGCCCAUUUGAAGACUGAUUUUGGGCUUCCUAUGGAAUUCCGCGACACAAUUUGUCAACGAUACCCACAAUAUUUUAAAGUUGUUGCAACUGAGAGAGGUCCGGCAUUAGAAUUAACUCAUUGGGAUCCGGAGCUUGCAGUUUCAGCAGCUGAGUUAUCUGAAGAGGAAAACCGAGCUAGAGAAUUAGAGGAGAAGAAUCUGAUUAUAGAUAGGCCUCCCAAGUUCAACAGAGUUAAGCUACCAAAGGGUCUAAAUCUCUCCAAAGGUGAAAUGAGGAGGAUAUGUCGGUUUAGAGACAUGCCUUAUAUAUCCCCUUAUUCUGAUUUUUCGGGACUGAGGUCGGGGACGUCAGAGAAAGAAAAACAUGCCUGUGCUGUUGUUCAUGAGAUUUUAAGCCUCACUGUUGAGAAAAGAACCCUUGUGGAUCACCUUACUCAUUUUCGAGAGGAGUUUAGGUUCUCUCAGCAGCUGAGGGGGAUGCUAAUAAGGCACCCUGAUAUGUUUUAUGUUUCCUUGAAAGGGGAUAGGGAUUCUGUUUUCCUCAGGGAAGCAUAUCGUGAUUCUCGUUUGGUAGACAAGGAUCGUCUGUUGUUAAUAAAGGAGAAGCUUCGUUCUCUUGUAUCCGUUCCUCGAUUUCCAAGAAGGGGUGUUCCUCAAAAAGAUGCAGAUCUGAAAGAAGGGACUGAUGAGCCUGAGGAUGGAACUGGUGAAGGGGAAGAAGAAUGGGCUAGCAUUGAUGAUUUUAUGAGCGAUGAUGGAUCUGAUGAUGAAGAAGAUGAUGAAGAUGAUUGGAGCAAUGAAGACGAUGAUACACCUCCAGAUUUUGAUGAAGAUGGUGGUACCUUGAAUAUUGGAGUGCAAGAGCCAGUUAAACAGGAUGUCAACUCAACAAAGCACAGCGCAAAGGUGCUUCACCCUGUGACCCCUGAUGGUCGGCCAAGAGAACGAUGGUAAAGUUGGAGCAAAAUAUUUCGUGAAUGUCUUAAACUCUCAUAAAAGAGUCUUGUUAUUUCGUGUUGAACUGGCAUACUCUGGAGGUUUCAUCCUUUCUUGGAAGAUAAAUUUAGUCAACCAUUUGCAAGGCAUUGAUACUUGUUACUAGAGUCAGUAAGCACUGGACUUUGUUUGCUUACAUUACAUGUGCGGUUUAGGAAAGGAAUAUGAUGCAAUGAAAAUGCAAAAGUCUGCAAGCCCGUAACAGAUUUAGAGAUUACUUCCCAUAUUUACAUGUGCACCAAACUAAGAACUAUCGUUUAAACAAGUACAAUGAAAAGACAUGUGGAAAUGGUAAAUAUCUUUCUACUCUACCGUGAUAUCUAAUGGUAAAUGUUUUUUUUGACCCUUCUGUUAUAUAUGGUACAGACGUUAAAUAUUUGUAUGACACGUUUUAUUGAUUAUUUACUUAUUCUUCUCUUGAUAAUUGAGAUUAAUAAAUAAAUAAAUAAAUAAAUAUUUAUUUAUUUUAUUCAUCAA